GCUCAACUCAACUUCAGAUACGAUAACAGUGUACUUGUUUGAAUCUUGUGAACAUCGUGCAUGGUUUGUAAAUAUUGUUCUGUCAAUGGUUAAGGUCAACUCAUAAAACGCAAGUUACAAAAGUUGCAUCUAUCAGAUGUAUAAGAUCAAACGUGUCCGUGGAUAUUUAGUGAGUUUUAUUUUGUGACCGAAGUCUUUCAAUAAUAAUCAACGAAGACAGAUUCGACUGAAGAACGAUUGAUGGAGCCCUAGAUCUUGAACGUCCUUGACCCAUCACCAUGGUAACCUUGAGUACCGGCCUGCAGGCGCCAGUGCAAGCAUUGAUGCGUCCCUCAGUGUGGCUCCCAUGCUGCAACCGACUGCACCAGUGGUCAGAAAUAUGGAAUGUUUCCUGUUCUUCAAAUGAGCUAGUAGAUGCGAUACUUGAAGCUAUCAGGUCCAUACAACGAGAGAGCACAGAAACCUGGGAUGUUCACAAGGUGUGCAGAGAGACAGGGUUCAUGCGUCUGUUUGUGUUCACAAGGCUCGAGUGGUUGGACGUAAUAGAGAUAUCGCCGUGUGGGGAACACUCCUACCAGGUUGUCUCUUUUUCAUCGGGCUUUCUACCGCUUUUCGUACCUUUUGCCUGCGUCAUUAAUCUGGCGUUAUUCUGGGUUCCAUUCUAUGACAUGCGCAUUAACGAGCGCCGUACCGACCUCCUCCGUUCCAGCAUCAACCUGCCGAUCAGCCUGCAAGACUCCUAGCAGACCUCUUCACAGGUUGAACCGUUCACUGUACGGAAUGUGAACAGCCGUCAAUGUGUCAUAAAUUUGUGAUGCAUGUACAGUUACGCGUGACGACGUAGUAUUAUGUGCCAUUUUUGUUAGAUUUGUAAACAAAAGUGACUUGAAGAUCAUUCGAGAAGUCGGCAUCCUGUUGAACUUUGCAGAUAUAGCCUUUGUUAAUUUUCGAUAAUUGUGUUUAUAUCCAUAACACAAGCAUAUGCAAACAAAUGACAAUGUUUCAUUUAACAUGUGAUUUAUAUACGCCCGUGUUUUCAAUAAUUAAACGACUGCAUGGCAAUAAUUAAGUGUCUUACACGAUUUAUUGCAUGUAGAACGACAAACAUAAAAAAUAACAAGACGUUAAUAAAAUAACAACUUUCAAAUCAGAACAAUACUGUUAAUUUAGCCGCGUUCUGGGAACGGAGCUUUCCUCGUGUAACUCUUUCAGUGCUGGAACAAAAUUUUGAUGGUCUUUGCAAACAGUUUGGAUCCAGAUGAGACGCCACAGAACGUGGCGUCUCAUCAGGAUCCAAACUGUUUGCUAUUCUGAUAGUAUUCUUUGAACAAAAUCGAAGAAAAUGCUAUUUUUAGAAAUUCAGCAGACGAAAUUUUAGCAGACGACAAAUUUCCCAGCAUGCAAAGGGUUAAAGGCUUAUCUAUGACCACACUACGCUCUUAUGAAAUUGUUCGUUAUCAGAAAGAAUACGGAAGAAACUGUUCGCACAUUCAGUUAAGUUUUCCCAGAACUCGGCUCAAUGAAAAAUAUUGUUAACUUAUGAUUAAUAAUAUCACAUCUAUUAUCAUGUUCGGAUAAUUAGCCAAUCAUACUUCAGCCUGGCUACCUUGUGGCACGACAGGUACAACAGGUAUACUAUCCCUAUGCCAAACAUUGUCCAGUCGCACACCACGCACGCCAGAGCAAAGAAAAUAACUUCUACGGAGCAAUCCGCGCACCGGGAUUCCCUUCCGAUUGAAGAUCCGGGCACCCAGCUUGUGUCGUUAAUGGCACGUUCGCUACUUUGUACACUCGUUAUUGCUUUCUUUGUUGUAUUAUGAAAGUAAUCGAUUGUAAAACCAUUACCAUUUGUUUGUACCGGUAUUUUUGUUGUAUCGGAGUCUUUUAGUUUCAAAUUAUGAUGUGAAAUAACUUUGUCGUGGGCAUUAAAAGUAUCAACAUG